CCGGGCCCGGCGGCCGGCGCCGCGCCGCGCAUCGCCGCCCGCACUCGGCAGGGAGCGCGGCCGGGCACGCAGCGACCCCGCCGCCCGCCCCGGCCCCGGCACCGCGGCCAUGGAGGGCGAGGCGAACGGGACCCUGCACCCCUCCUGCGGCUCCAGCCAGCCGCCCUACUCGGAGGAGCUUCUCCGGAGCCUUGACCUACCAGGGAGAUUUCUCUUUGCAACCCUGACUCUGAUGACGCUCAUUGCCAUUCUGGUGUUUAUAGAGGAAGCAGUCUACAUCUACAGGAAAAUCCCCUCCUCCAAAAGAUCAAUCAUAAUUUGGAUAAAUGCUGCAGCUCCAGUGAUCUCUACUACUUCAUGCAUUGGCAUGUGGGUUCCUCGCUCAACAAUGUUCACAGAUUUCACAGCAGGAAUAUUUUUUGCCAUAGUUAUCCACAAGUUCCUGAUGAUGAUGAUUAAAGAGUGUGGAGGGCAGAAGAUGCUCCUCAGACGGUUUGAAAAUGGCCACUUCACCAUCUCCACCGGCCCCUGCUGCUGCUGUUGCCUCUGCCUCCCUCGUGUGCCCAUCACCAGGCAAACCCUCUUUUGGCUGAAGCUGGGUACCUUUCAGUUUGCUGUCUUUCGGCCUGUGCUCAUAUUUUUAUCAAUAGUGCUUUGGACUAAUGGCAAUUAUGUUCUUUACAAUUUGUCUCCCAAAGGACCUGCGCUGUGGAUCAGCUGCUUCAUUGGUGCCCUCACCCUUUUUGCUCUGUGGGCAGUAGGAAUCAUGUUUCGAAAAGUUAGGAUUCUCCUGAAGUGUAAGAACAUUAUCCCAAAGUUUGCUCUGUAUCAGUUUAUUGUCAUUCUGAACCACCUGCAGACCACUAUUAUCAACAUAUUUGCUACACAAAAAAUCAUUCCCUGUGCUCCGCCACUCUCCUCUACAGCAAGAGGAUCGUAUAUUGCUCAGCAGCUGCUCAUCAUGGAAAUGUUUCUGAUAACUGUAAUCUCCAGGGUGGUCUAUCGGAGGAAAUACCACGACCUGGAGCCUCCGGAGUGCGUGGCUGAAGAACCUGGGGACAAGAAGCAGGCUCCUAAGAUUAUCCUGAAUGGUGCAGCUGUUGAAGACGCACUGCCAAAGGUUUAGAAGUGCUCCUGUUAUGCAGGAGUUGUAAGAUCAGCUUCAGGAACUUGUAUAUUCUUGCACCAAAAAUAGCCCGUGUCCAUGUCAGAACAUGGCAUGAAUGCCUGUGAGCUGCAGCACUGGAAGACCCGUAAAGAUAAUCCUUUUGAUUCUCCAGCCAUGUGUGCUUGCUGUGAGGGUUUUCACACCAUGUAAUUUACUAAGAUUUGAUGCCAUUUUAUGCUGUUACUGAGCACUUGAUGGUGCCAAACUGUCUUACGAUAUGAUUUUAUUUUAUUUUUAUUUUUAGCUAUUAGAAUGGCUGUGAUUUAGAGUUAAUUCAGAGUAAUUAUUUUUCAUCUUUUUUGACUUUUAAAAGUCUUAUUUCACCCUGGAUUGCUGUCAUAUGUCCAACAUAGCAUUUUUCCAUAGUCCCUCCAUUACAAUAGAUCAUCUCUCACUCUACACCAUGAGCUCACCAUAGCUAAUUCUGGUCAGUAAAUACAGUCUCAUGUUUGUUCUGAAAUCCCCAAAUGUGGGCUUUCCACCUACAGAAACAAUGGUCUCUCCAGGGCAAGAUUUUUUACAUUCCUUGGCAAUUCACCUCCUAAAUUGGUAAAUACACAGUUACUGUUUGUAGCUAUGUCAGGUGUUCUUCCUGUGGACAGCAGCUUCUCUGUCACUGGCCUGGAAAAGGAAAGCAGGAGUUGGAGUCUGGGAUAUCUUCUGGUCUGUGAUGUUACAUGGUGCUUUGGUUCUCUGCUGGGUAAAUGGGGAUGAUGACACUCAGGAUCCUUGCACUGACAGUGGAUGGGAGUGAUUGAAAGGACUGUUGGGGCGCUGGUUCAGACAGCUGAACACGAGCCAGCGUGUCCCAGGUAGCCAAGAAGGCCAGUGGCACCUGGCCUGUAUCAGCAACAGUGUGGCCAGCGGGCCCAGGGCAGGGAUGGUCCCACUGGUGAGCCCACACCUCAAAUCUUCUGUUCAGGUUCGGGCCCCUCAUGACAAAAAGGACAUUGAGGGGUUGGAGUGUGUCCAGAGCAGGGCAAGAGAGCAGAGGCAGGCAGACGGAGGCACAGGACACUUUGGGUUGGAAGAGACCUUUAAAGGACUGUAGGAAUGUGCCCCCUAUGGACAGAGUGACAGACCCUUCCUCUGUCCCCCAAAAAGGAAAGAGCCCAGAACUUUCUCCCAGUGAUCAGGUAGGAAAAUCACUGACAGGACCUUGGGGCUUCACCUCAAGUUUGGGGACAGCUAAUUGGCCAUGAGCCAAAAGGUCCCGCCUGGGCCAUUGAGUAGAAAAGCACAGAACAAAGAAACCAAAUGGCUGUUGUGAGGUGUCUU